AUGUUUUCAGGAACAGCUGCCAUCGUUGUAGCUGGUUUACUUGCUACAACCCGUGUGACCAAAGUGAAAUUGUCACAGAAGAAAAUAGUAUUCCUUGGAGCUGGAGCGGCCGGUCUGGGGGUAGCCGAGCUAUGUGUGGCUCAAAUGAUGGACGAAGGAUUAACCAAAGAAGAAGCCUCUGCCAACAUUUAUAUGUUGAACAGCAAAGGUCUGAUCACCAAGGAACGUGCAAAAGGACUUACUCCACUCCACCAACAAUUUGCAAAGGUAGGCCGU